AUGGUACAAACCAAUUUGUACGCCAAUAUAUACGGCCGUUACAAUGCCCCCAGAUCUGUUCUCCUGACCCUCUCUCCCUUCACGUUAUCUCCUGGAGUGAGUUAUCUAUCCCUCAGAUGUACAGUGGGGUCUAGUAAUCCUCCAGUUACAAGUUACAGGUGGCACCAGACUAGGUCUGGAUUAUCCCAGACGACUGAAACACAGACGUCUACAAACAAGAUCAACAUCGACCAACUAACUAAAGACACAGACUACUGGUGUGAAGCCGUCAAUUCAGUUGGACCAACGACCUCCGAGAAAACCAAGCUGCCCGUUUACGGGGGCUACGGCUGGGUGGUGUGGACCCCCGUCUCUGUCCGAGCCCGUGUCGGGAGUUGCGUGACCAUCCCGUGUCGCUUCCGUGUGCCCAGGAACACGCGUGGUCCCUGGACUGGCAUUUGGCUGAAAGACCACAACUACAGCGGCACACGCGUGUACUCCACCUCAGGCGACAGUGGGGCCGAUUAUAUACGACAGGUGCGCUUUCUGGGUAGCAUGGAAGAUCAAAACUGUUCAUUGAAGAUCCAGAACCUAGGAUCGUCGGAUAGUGGGAAAUAUUUCUUCCGCCUUGAAGGCUCAGAUAAAUGGUCGGAUCCCAUCGGCGUAAAUCUCCUAGUGUCAGGAGAGCCGGAAACACCGGAGAUUGGCGACCCAGGACAGAUGGUGGAGGGGAGGCCGGUGUCUCUGACCUGCUCCCUGCACAGUUACUGCGCGGACGACGUUCCUCUCUUCCUCUGGCAGCCCCAUCCCCUCCGCCCUGCCGUGACCCGCAUCGUUUACCAGGACCAGCACUGGAUCCACUCCAGCGAGGUGGAAUUCAUGCCCAGGUCCGAUCAAAGACAGCGCGUGGUUUCGUGCAAGGCCACAUUUGCUCCCAGGACCUCUUCCGUCCGAACAACGAGAUCGCUGGACGUCAAGUACCCACCCCGAAACGUCACGGUCUCGCUGAGAGUAAACGGGUUGAUCGACCGCAGCUUGAGUGAAGGGGACAGAGUUCUUCUCAGCUGUAGUUCAUCCUCAACGGAUCCACCAGUCCAGAGCUACACCUGGUACAGAAACGAAGCGGAAAUCCACAGAACAAGCAGUCACGAUCUCUGGUUUCCAUCCAUAUCCUACGCGGAUUUCGGGAAGUACAUGUGCCAAGCCACCAACGCAGUGGGAAGCAUCCGAUCUGAGGAAGUCACAGUGACCGGCAUGCGUGAGUAUCCCGCAUAG